AUGCUGGAGUUGCUUGGAAUAUCUUAUGUUUUAUGGGAAGCACGAAGUGGUAUCGAUGAAGCAGAUGGUGCAGGCGUGGGCUUGAUGCCAAAUGGAUUACGGAUCCUAGAUCAGCUCGGACUCUUUGAAGACGUCCACAAACAUGAUUCACCUCAUCAUUCGUGGGAAUAUCGCGAUGCGGAUGGUACCACCUAUCAAACACUCACAGCUAUGAAAGCUUUGAAAACAGAGUACAAUUAUUCUUUACCAUUGUUGGCUGAUCAGGUAGCUGACCCCGCUGUUCCCUUUAGAUUAGGCUACGAAUUGACCUUUAUGGAACGGCGAGAGCUUCUUGAAAUUCUUUAUCAAAGCAUAAAGGAUAAGUCCAGGAUAACAUUUUCCAAAAAGGUUUCUGAUGUGUUAACAUCUGAUACAUCUGCCACAAUCAUUGCUACAGAUGGAAGUCAAGUCCAGUGUGGUUUUGUUGCAGGUGCCGAUGGAGUGCGAAGCGUCGUACGGGGUGCAAUUGCUCGAGAAACAAUCAAUUACCAGAUCCCCCCAGAAUAUCUGGACUCAAACUACGCCUGCGUCUAUGGGGUAUCUUACGCACUCCCCGAAAUAGCUCCCGGCCGUGCUAUUACAAUUUACCGAAAGGACAUAUCAAUACUUGUUUUCAGUGGUUGUAAAGGAAAGCUUGUCUGGUUUUUAUUUAUCAAUCUAAAAUGUUCAAUCCCUUUGAAACAGGGAAAGCGGUACAGUACGCAGGAUUUAGAAGCGUUUUAUGAACAGAUAGCAGAUGUUGUUGUCACCACUGACGUAAAAUUUGCGGAUAUCUACAACAACAGAAAAGCAGCAGUGAUGACCGUGUUGGAAGAAGGAAUAACGGAUGUUUGGUAUGCUGGAAGGCUCUUCUUGCUUGGCGAUGCAGCUCAUAAGAUGCUACCACAUAAUGCUAUGGGAGCCAGCCAGGCAAUGGAGUCUGCCGCAUGUUUUGUCAAUCAAUUGAUGAAACUUCAAAACAACACUGGAUCAGGGCAAGAUUCUGAACCCGAGAUCUCGCUAGCAGAUGUACAACUGUGCCUCGAAACCUAUGCGCAAAAACGAAAGAUCCGAACCAAGCCAGUUCUCAAUGGAGCCAAUAUGGCCUGUCGGUGCUUGUUGAAGAAAGGACCCAUCAGCAAGGCUCAUCUGUCAAAUCUGGUCGACACGACAAACGAAGAUUUUAUAGGUCCUAAACUCUUAGAUUUCAGUUUAGCUGAGAAGCUGGAUAACUGGCCCUGGGAUAAUGACCGGGUGAAUUACUACACGCGACAAGCGUAUACGCUGAAUCAAGGAAUGUCGGUGGCCUCACUAUAG